AUGAUUAUCAGAGUCGAUAAAUGUAGUACCUUUGGCAUCAAGAAAGCCAUCACAAAAUCAGUCCAAUAUUUGCCGAAAUUCAUCAUCAACAAUAAUCUGAUACCAACAGUAAAGAUUGGAGAAGCAUUUCAAUAUUUAGGACGUUACUUUGAUUUUAACAAGUCGAACGAUAACCAUAAGACUGAACUAACCACUCUCGUUAAUGAACUAAUGACUGAUAUUGACUCGAAGCCACUCCACCCAAGAAAUAAGCUUCCCGUAUACAGUCGUUAUGUCUUAUCCAAAAUAUCGUGGCAUUUCACCAUCGCAACACUUUCUAAAACAUGGGUUAUCGAUAAUAUUGAUCCCGUAGUCAACCAGUACAUCCGUAAAUGGCUUGAAAUUCCAAUCUCAGGAACACUAA